UGCUGGCCGGCCCGGUGCCGCCGGUGCGUGGCCCGGUGCCACCCGGCCCGGUGCGGCGGAGCCCGGCGGGGCAGGAUGCGAGCCCCGAGGCGGAGGGAGCCCUGCAGCAGUGACACUGUGCCAGCCGCGCUCCCCGGAGCCAGACGCAUGGCGGGUUCCCAAGAAGGGCUGUGGGGUGAAGGUGAUGAGGACGCUGUGCCAGCCGAGCCGAGGGGGUCCAGCGGCCCCCCGGGUGCCCAGCCCCAGCCUGACCCCUUGGUGCAGACGUGUCUCCUCCGGGAUCUGGAGAUGGGUCCCCUCGCCCACACGCAGACCUUGCGGGACUUUGAGCAGGUGAGACCGCGGGGCGCUGGGACCCCGCAUGGCACCGCCACGGCCCUCCCGGCACUGCCGGGCGCUUGCGGGAUUCAUGCCGGGUCCGCUGGUCGCAGCAGCGGGGUGUGGAGCGCAGGAGGGGCGGCGGGGCAGGCGGUGGUGGCAGAAGGGGCCGAGCCCGGCCGGGCGCCACGCUCCCCUCACCGCCCUCACGGCUGCGGCGCGUGGGGGCCUCCGGGGCUCGGGUUUCACCAACCCGCUGUCCCCGCUCCAGCGAUUCCUCAAAUAGCUCUGGGAGGCGGAAAAAAAAGAGGAAAGGGAGAGCAGCGGGGCCAGCGACGGGAGCUGCGGGCGGGCAGGGAGCCUAGGCUGUGUCCCGGCGGCGCCAUGUGA